AUGGGAGUCUGGGAGAUCAUUUCUUUGGUGGUCUACGGGGCAACCAUCCUCUUGGGAUUGCCCUCCAAUAUCCUGGCCCUUUACAUCUUCUAUUGCCGUGCCAGGGUCCGCUUGACCCCCAACCUCAUCUACAUGAUCAACCUUUGCCUCUCUGACUUGGUCUUCAUCCUUUUCCUACCUCUUAAGAUGCUGGAAAAAGGAAAGAUGGACUGGACGGUGCCAGGUUUCCUGUGUCCCCUUUACAACCUGAUCCAUUUCGGCACAAUUUACACCAGCGCCCUUUUCCUAACGGCGGUGAGUGCAGGGCGGUUUUUGGGAGCCGUUUAUCCCCUCCAUUACCAAGCUUACAAGAAGCCGUGCUACUCCUGCCUGGUUUCUGUGGGCAUCUGGGCCUUGGUGGGAUUCCACGGUGUCCUCCUCGUUGCUCUCGAGAACUCCAGGGGCACCAACUCCAGCCUUUUCGCUGGGAACAGCUCUUCCUGCUACCGCAACUUCAGCGCAGACCAGCUGGCUUUAUUGGCCCCUGUGCGCCUGGAGCUCUCCGUGGUCCUGUUCUUUCUCCCCUUGCUCAUCACAGCUUUUUGCUACGCCGGAUGCAUCCGUGUCCUGGUUGGAUCGCAUCUCCAUCUGCGGAAGAAACGCCGUGCUGUACGGGUGGCCGUGGCCACUUUGUCUGUUUUUGUCCUCUGUUUCGGCCCUUAUAACAUAUCCCACAUCGUAGGCUUCGUCUAUGGGGAGGACGUUUGGUGGCGCACUGUGGCUCUGCUUCCAACGGCGUGCAACGCUUUUCUGGAUCCCCUCAUCUUCUACUUCCUCUCCUCUGCCAUGGACGAUGGAAUUGUUCAAGUCUGGCGCUCGCUGAGAGAUAAAUGUAGCUCCAUCCGGAUGAAGAUUGUCUUGGCUCAUGGGAAAGCAAAGACCCAACAGGGAGAUGGUGGUGUUGCCUGA